AUGCGAACGUCCCCAAAUGUGGUCAUUACAGGCACUCCUGGCGUAGGGAAAACUGUCCACUGCCAGCAACUGGCGCAGGACACCGGUCUGCGGCAUUUAUCGAUUAAUCAGGUUGCAAAAGAACGGGAUUGCUUCGAGAUUUACGAUUCUGAAUUGGAGACCUGGGUUGUGGAUGAGGACAGACUCUUGGAUGCUAUCGAGGAUGAAUUACUUCACGGUGGUUAUUUGAUAGAUUGGCAUGCAUGUGAUCUAUUUCCUAAAUCUUGGAUUGACCUCGUCGUAGUCCUACGGUGUCCUUCUACGUCUGUUUUAUAUGAUCGUCUCUCAACAAGAGCAUAUAAAGAAACCAAGCUGCAAGAGAACCUGGAUACGGAAAUUUUCGGAGUUUUGCUGGAAGAGGCUAAGGAGGCCUUUGAUGAAGAAAUUGUGGUUGAGCUCAAUAGCGAAAAGGAUAAUGACGUUGAAGAUAAUUGUGCAAGAAUUUCAACAUGGAUAGAAUCUUGGAAGAAAAAUCAGUCCGAAAAUGUCGAUUAG